CCAAAAUAGACACGCAGUCGCGCCCGCCGCCGCCGCCGCCGCCCCUUUCUCUUCUUCUCCCUCCCCUAGCUCGAAUCCCCCGCUCGCCAGGAGGAAUCGCCGCCGCCUCCGAUGACGCGCCAAAGCCGGGAACUGCGCGCGGUCGCCUGCGAGGGAGGCCAGGCGGCAGCGCGCGCCGCCGCCUCGCCCCCGCACUACGACGCGGACGAGGAGCGCCGCUUCGAGGAGGUGGUCUACCUCCACUCCCUCUGCCGCAGCGGCCCGUCCGCCCCCGCCGGGGAUCCCGCGCCACCCGCCGGAGUCUCCCGCGCCACCCGCGCCCGCGCCGACCAGCGGAAGCGACGCAGGAUCGAGCGCGCCGCCGAGGCCGAAUACGGCGGCCCCGACUGGUCCCUCGCGCCCGCCCCCACGGCCCCCUCCUCCUGGCCCAACUCCACUCCCGUCUCCCCCGCGCCCAGGCCGCAGCAGCAGCCUUCCACCGCCUCUCUCGCGCAGCGGGACGCCCUCCGCGCCGCCGAGGAGUUCUUCUCCAGGCGCGGCGCCUCGGGCGAGGACUGCAACGAGGUUGAGGGGCCCGAGUCGGAAGACAGCUGGGACGAGGUGGCGGGGUUCUUCCUCGGGCUCUUCGAGCGGGACGCCGCGCUGCGGGGCUACUACGAGCGGAGCCACAGGGAGGGGGAGUUCGUGUGCAUGGCGUGCGUGGGGAGGAAUGUGAAGAAGGGCCGGGCCAGGCGGUUCCGGGACUGCAUCAGCCUCGUGCGGCACGCACACGCCGCCACACGCGUCGGGAGGCCGCAGGCGCACCGCGCGCUCGCCGCCGCAGUCUGCCGCGUCCUCGGCUGGGACGUCAAGCGGCUGCCAGGCAUCGUCAUCGACCCCCGCGGCAGGCUGGGCCAGGCGCUCCUUGCCAGGGAGGGCGCAAGCGCCGCUGCGGCCGCCGCCACUCACGAGGCAAAGGACAAUGCUGAUGCUGGGCAGAAUGGUCACAAGGAUGCAGCGAAGGAGGAUGUUGGUUUGGAGAAGAUGGGCUCCUUGAAUGAUGACAGGAAGGAGGAUGUUGAUAAAGGGAAGAUCUGCCCUCCAAGUAAUAACAAUGAUGGAGAGGUUCAUGAGCAAGGGAAUAGUAGAGGAAUUGCUGAAAAGUUCUUUCUUGCACAAUGCAGGAAGGUGAUAUUGGCAAUAAACAGGAGCAUGGUAAGAGUGCAGAUGAUAUGGGGGGCACUUGUAAUGUCAGACUAGAAAACAAUUCAUCAAAGAUGGAAGAAGCUGCUACAGAGAAUUAGGAGGAGCAUACUGAAGGUGUUGUUGACUUCGGAGAUGAUAUUGGUAACUUGGGAAGGAAUUUAAUGGACUCAUCAAAGAGUUGAAAGUUGAGAUUGUGCUGUGUACACACGAACUGAAGGAGCACAUCCUGGCAUCUAUCCAAUCCGACCAUGUGGAGAAGGCGGGCGACCAUUUCCUAUUCUGUUUCGUGAAUUCUACCCGAGCAUUUCUUGAUUUUGCAUUUGUGUAGUUAAUCAACUGUUCUUCGUCCGUGGCCCAACUGAGCAUAGCUCGUUCUCCCACUGGAGCACUCUCAUGUUAAGAAAUAAGUUUCUGUUGUGGCCAGUU